UUUCCCUCUCUGUCUCUGUCUCUCUCCUCUUCAAUUCUCUGCCAUUAACGAGGGGUUCUUUUCUGGAAAAAAAAUAAUUAUUACGAAAAUGCCUCUCUGGCUCCGCCUCUCACUCUCAUCACUCUGUUCUCGUAUCGCUUUUUCUCCCUUGCAAAGAAAGCGUUUUGUUUCUCUCUCCUCCUCUGCCUUUAAACCCACCCAGGCCUAUAUAUAUCUGUACAUAGCCGCCAAUAGCCCUGAGCUGUGUUUUGCUUUUCCUCACUCACUGAAAUUUCAUAUCAAGCAAAUAAAAAGAAAAAAAAGCAACCCCCAACUUUGUACUAUGCUUUCUUUCUAUUGACUUCUGAGUUUACUCCUUAAUAACUGUCCUCUUGCCUUUUCUGCUUCUCUCAUUAUUUGAUUGUUGCCUCUGCAUUUUAAGCCUUUACCUUUUCUGCUUCUCAGUCCUUGCCUUACUCUUUGGGCUGGAAAGAUAUAGAAGAAGCUAACAAAAAGUGAGUUCUCUUUUUCUCCACAAUCUUUUGGUUUCUUAUCUGAUUCUUGCUCUGAUUGAUUCACCAAGUAAAGGGUACCACUUCAAAUUUUGGGGGCCUUGCUUUUGAUCACUCUAAGCUAAAGAAAGGCCUCAUUUUUAUUGGGUUCCAUUUCUUUUUUGUUGGGUUGGGUGAGUUUCAUGCCAUGUUCCAACUGGUUGAUACAACUUUUUUCUUUUUGAAGAUCACUUGACAUAUAUAUUAGGUAGGAGGAGUCACCAAUAUCUCCUUCAGACCAUUUUAUUGGUCAUCAAAGAAAACAAAAAUGGCAGAUAAAUACCCUGAUAUUUGUUCCCACAAAGUCCCUUCUGCUUCACAGGUAUUAGAAGAACUAAGAGAACUAUGGGGCAUGGCUUUUCCCAUAACAGCCAUGAACUGUUUGGUUUUUGUCCGAGCUGUGGUUUCAGUCCUAUUUCUAGGCAGGCUUGGAAGCCUAGAGCUAGCAGGAGGUGCCCUCUCCAUAGGCUUCACCAACAUCACUGGCUACUCUGUGUUGGUGGGUCUUGCCUCAGGCCUAGAACCUGUUUGUAGCCAAGCCUAUGGGAACAAAAAUUGGGAGCUUCUCACUCUGUCCCUUCAAAGAAUGGUCCUGAUCCUUCUCUUGGCAAUAAUACCCAUCAGCCUCUUAUGGCUCAAUCUUGAAACAAUCAUGGUGUUCAUGGGACAAGACAAAGCAAUCACAUCAAUGGCUGCCACUUACUGUUUGUAUUCCAUCCCAGACUUGUUAACAAACACAGUUUUGCAGCCUUUGAGGGUUUUUUUGAGGUCACAGAAAGUGACCAAGCCAAUGAUGUACUGUUCAAUGAUAGCUGUGGCCUUCCACGUGCCAUUGAACUGGGUUUUGGUGGAGGUGAUGGGGCUUGGAGUGCCAGGAGUGGCCAUGGCGUCGGUGCUGACUAACCUGAACAUGGUGGUGCUGAUGGCAGCGUACGUGUGGUGGGGAUGGAGGCAGGGGGAGAUGAGAUGGACGGCUGGGAUUGGAGAUUUGUGUGGUGGGAUUGGACCACUGUUGAAGUUGGCAGUGCCAAGCUGCUUGGGCAUAUGUUUGGAGUGGUGGUGGUAUGAGAUUGUGAUUGUGAUGGCUGGUUAUUUGCCAAAUCCUACUGUCGCUGUGGCCGCCACUGGGAUUCUUAUUCAGACCACUAGCAUGAUGUACACUGUCCCCAUGGCCCUUGCUGGCUGUGUUUCUGCCAGGGUUGGGAAUGAGCUUGGUUCGGGCAACCCGUACAGGGCCAAGCUAGCAGCCAUGGUAGCAUUGGGAUGUGCAUUUGUGAUUGGCAUCGUCAAUGUGACAUGGACGGUGAUUCUUAGAGAGAGGUGGGCUGGCCUGUUCACCAAGGACGAGCUGGUCAAAAUCUUGGUUGCAUCAGUUAUGCCAAUUAUGGGGCUUUGUGAGUUAGGCAACUGCCCUCAAACUACUGGCUGUGGCAUCCUACGUGGCACAGCGCGCCCGGCUGUGGGUGCCCGUAUCAAUUUGGUCUCCUUUUAUUUUGUGGGCACUCCAGUCGCGGUCGGGCUAGCCUUCUUGCUCAAGGUAGGGUUUGGAGGGCUUUGGUUUGGCCUUUUAUCUGCUCAGGCGGCUUGUGCUGUGUCUAUUCUCUAUGUUGUGCUGGUCAAGACUGAUUGGGAGGCUGAGGCUUUGAAGGCCAAGAUGCUCACAGGCUUGGAGAUGGGGGUUUGCAAUGGGGUGAAAGAGAAAGGCCAUCAAAAUGAUGAGGAAAACAGGUUGUUGAUGCAUGGAGAUGGCAAUAACAAUAAUAAUAUAGAUGAUGAGAUUUUUUAGGCUUAUGUGGGGAUGGGUUUCGAUGUGUUUUGACUUUUUUGAUGUGACCGGCCUUAUGGGGCUCUCUGCUUUUGUUGUGUAGUUGCUUUAAUUACUUUUUUUUUGGUUUAGGAUGAAGGGGCAUGCGUGGAUUUUUGUGUUU